AAGCCAGUUUGAAAUGGGUCUAGAUAAUCAGUUUCUUCCAAGACCAUCUGGAGCUGAGAGGCCACCAGCCUCUCAAUUACCUUGCCCAACUAUGGGAGGUUGAAGACAGGCCUAUAAUUGCUCAACUCUGAAGGAUCUAGUGCAGGCUUCUUUAGAACAGGUCUAAUAAGAUAUACAUAUCCACUGGUAUAUAAAUAUGGUAAAUAAAUAAAGUUGCAUGUAAAUUUGAUGAUGUGUGAUGCUACAUAUCCACAAGGACAGUCUGCAAGUGGAGAUGAUCAAUCUGUCUCAAACAUAGAUUCAAAAUAAAUUUAGUACAGUAUAGUGUAGUCCCAGAUACAUCUAGUGGGCCACUGUGUGACACUGGAUGUUGGACUAGAUAGGCUUUGGACCUGAUCCAGUAGGGCGGUUCUUAUGUAGUGGAUUUGUAGUUAUUAAUACUAGCUGGCCAUUUCUUUGUUAAGCAGAUCAGUAGCUAAUGGUUCUGAGGGGCACUGGCUAUUCCAGAAUAUGGUGCUGAUGGCUAUGUACUAUCCUGGAGAAGAAAUCAUUGGGUUUUGAAAGUCACAUUCUCUCCACCUAAUGAGAGGGCUGAUGCAACAGUGUUUCCCCACUUCUUUUCUUUCUCACAUUUAUUUAUUUAUUGAAUUUAUAUACCACCUAGUAUAAAAAUCUCUAGGUGGUUUACAAAAUUAAAACAUACAAUAUAACACAUUUAAAAUGCAUAAGAAGAUAAAAAUUAUAGAUAAAACCACGUUAAAAAUACAUUAUUAUUUUUUUAAAAUAGUACCUGUGUGUACAGUGAAAGAGAUAAGAGAUAUAAUUGACAGGCUAGGUUUUAAACAGAAAGAGACACAGGCUGACAGGUAACUCAGUACUGCUGCUCAGGAGUUACUUGACCAUUUAAUUUCAAUUUCUGUAUUUAGUCAGGAUUUCAGUCACAGAGAGAGAAUUUGGGAGAGCCUGAAAUGGAAAGGUCUAUCAGGAGAGAUGAAGCAUCUUGGGGUGCAGGGUUUGGUCUGAUGUAAUCUGUUGCUAACUUGUGGGAGUGUUUUGCUGUUUCAACUCCAUCUGAUUGGCAAAAGCACUGAGAAGAGGCUGUUGCUGGGAGAAAGGUUUACUCAUUUUGUCCAAAGCUGUAUGAUUUCCAGCUUCUUAUGCAAAAUGGUCAGAAUUUAAAAUAUUUAUAUCCCACCCCUCACAACAAUGAAAUAGAUACAGUAUACAAUAAAAGUAAUAAAAUUAAACAAAUUGAGUAAACAAAUUAAAAGUUAGGUUAAAAACCACCAUCAGUAUUAAGUUCAAAUUAAAAGUUAUUUUAAAAGCUAAAACUAAAAACUAAAGAACCUACCAGAUAUAACCAAAGAUGGAUGGAGCAUUAAAAAGCCUCCUUAAAAAGGUGUGUUUUUAGUUGUUUUUCAAACACCCUGAGGGAGCAUGGCGAAGUUCUUAAGGGUGGGUGUUCCAAAGCCGAGGGGCCACAACCGAAAAGGCCCUGUCUUUAAUCCACACCAACCAGAUCUCUGUUAGUGGCAGGGCCGUGAGCAGGGCCUGAGAUGAUGAACGGAGGGCCCUGGCAGAUUCAUAUGGGCAAAUGUGGUCCGACAGGUACUCCGGUCUGGCCAUGUAGAGCUUUAAAGGUCAAGACCAGCACCUUGAAUCUAGCCCGGAAGCAGACCGGUAACUAAUGAAGCUGCCGCAGGAUGGGUGUAAUACUCAUGGAACGACUUGUACCCACGAGCAUCCUUGCAGCAGCAUUCUGGACCAGCUGAAGCUUCCAAACAGUCUUCAAGGGCAGCUCCAAGCAGAGCACAUUGCAGUAGUUCAAUCUGGAUGUUACCAACGCAUGAGUGACUGAGGUCCUUUCCAACUUCUCCAAGUAGGGUUGCAGCUGGCAUACCAGUUGUAGUUGGUAAAAGGCACUUCUGCACACCCCCACCACCUGUGCCUCCAAGGACAACAUCGGGUCCAGAAGCACCCCCAAGCUGCGGACUUUGACUUCCGGAGGGAGCGUGGUUCGGGUUGCUUUGUUAUGCGUAUUGACAAGGCAUUAUUCUCUGUGUAGGUUAAAAAAAACCAACGAUCAGUGAACUUGACUCUAAUCCUUGUAUAAAUUGUGGAAUGUGGGGAACAAUUGACCACAUUCUUGGAGACUGUUCGGCUUAUAGUUUAGAAUGGGACUCCAACAUCAGAGGCUGCCUUUCCAAAUAAGAAGCUUUGGGGGGUUGGUUUUUAAAGUGCUAUGGGAGUUUCUAUAUGCUAAAGGUAAAGUGUGCUGUCAAGUUGAUUUCGACUCCUGGUGCCCACAGAGCCCUGUGGUUUUCUUUUGGCAGAAUACAGGAGGGGUUUACUAUUGCCUCCUCCCGCGCAGUAUGAGAUGAUGCCUUUCAACAUCUUCCUAUAUUGCUGCUGCCCGAUAUAGUACCGGCGGGGAUUUGAACCGGCAACCUUCUGCUUGUUAGUCAAGCAUUUCCAGCUGCACCAGAAGGCUAACAUGGAAUAAGAGCAAUUAUGCACAAUUCCAACAAGAAAAAAAUGGGCAGAAACUAUGCUAGGUUUCAGUAGUGAUGCAUGUGAGGAUGCCAUGUGCAUGCCGAUUCCACGCGGGACCUGCACUGCCCCAGAAGGAAGCUGCAUGGGGCAGUGGAAAGCAGCAUCCUAGGUGAUGUCUUGUUGAAUACUUAUUUAACUGCCAUUUCCUUGUAGAUUCAACAAAUUCACAGAACAGAACCAGUUGAAAGCACAAGAUGUCAGAAAGUCACUCAGUUCUAUCUAAUAUUCUUAAAAGAGGCAGACUGACCUCUCCUGGCAGCAGUGCAAGACAUCCCAGUUUUAAAGAUUCUUGCUCCCAUUCCAUAUUUCAUGACAGUGGAUACAAUGAAUCACUAAAAGACCCAAGUUUUGACAAUACUGAUGCAGAACAUAAAGGAGUGCAGAGUGAAAGAGGCCUGCAUGAGUAUUCCAAAUAUUCACAUUUUAAUUUAAGCACUUCAGUAUUGUCUCCUAUUGAAUGUGAGAAUGCUAUCUUUUUAUCUGGAAGGAAGGAAGCCAGCGUGCAUACUGACUUAUCUGAAACACCCAAAGUUGUUAAAAAAGACUUAUCACUCCGCAGAAGAUUGCUUGUGUCUAAAUCAGCUUCUGUUGGUGCUGUGUCUGAAAGGCAAGCAUCAUCUUCAGGGACAGGCCACAAAAAAACAUCUAUAUCUCAUUUUCUUAGCUUUGAUGAAAGAGUUUCAAAAUGUUGCUUGGAUUCUCCAAGAAAGAAGAGCUACAAGCCUUUGGCUACCAGUACAUUAAAAAGUGAAGACCCUGCUUCUGGUUGUCAGAAACUAAGGCUUGCAUUUUCCCAGCAGAGGACUUCUACAUUAGAUGAUUCAAAAUCUAAUGGCAGCUUGUUGUCAGAACCAGGUUGUUUAUCUCCAAUCCAGCCUAAAUCUGCAAACACAUCCAGUGGCUUAGUUGACAGUGCCCUUACUUGUUUUAACUAUCAAAGCACUUGUUCAGAAUUAGAAGGAACUCCUUAUUGUACAUUGUCUGAGACAAAUGACGAUAGAUUUGUCACACCCAUCCAUAGUCUCGUAGAAGACCUUAAUAUAGUUGAGAUAAGUACUCCCCUAGCUAAAGAAAUAAGCAACUUGAGUCUAUUAACUCCUGAUAGCAGUAGCUAUGAUUCAUUUGACCUUGAAAAAUUGGAAGAGUCCUCAAAUCAAGAGGGAUCUUUCCAAGAACUACAUCAAAAAUGCAAUGAAUCAUCCAACAUUUUAAACUCUAAAAGAAAGGUUAGAAAGCUACAGCGCUCAAGAAGAUUAUCCACUCUUUCAGAGCAUGGUUCACAAUCUGAACAAGAUGAAGACUGUGAGAGUAUUCUUGCUCGUUCAAAAUGCAAACUAAACAUAGCAGUUGGCUCUAUCAAAGAUAGUGAAUUGGUUUUUAAUGAGGAUGACGACAAACUCAUGAUUCCAAAUGCUGGUGAUCUAUCAAGAACCCCUGCUUUGCAAGUAAUUCAUGAACUCUUUGCGCAAAGCAGAAGUAAAAGAACAAAGCAAAGUGACCUUUUGAGGAACAUUGAUGGAGCUGGCAUGUCUGUGCUGAAGUGUAUUGUUGCUCAACUCAUUGGCAAGAAAAUGGGUCUGGAAAAACUAGAUAUACUAACAGAAUUAAGAGAUAGGGAUUUAAAACAUGUUCUUGCUAUGAUUUUAGAUAUACUGACCGUGGAAAGCCUAUGCAGUAUGUGGAAAGUAAGCAAGAACUGGCAACAAAUUGUAAUACAAGAUAAGCAUGCGAAUCGGAGAAGAAAGUUAUACAUAAAACAGCUGAGAGCAGAAGCUAAGGGAUGCUUGUUGGGUGCUGAAGAUGCUGCUACUAGACUUAUGAUGACUAGAUUGGCACUAAGACCAGUCCAGGCUCAAGCAAAAUCUGCAGUAUUACAAAUGCGGUCCUCUUGUAGUGAGCUUUUGACACCUGUGGGAUGCAGUCCUACUCUUCAGUCAGAUAGUAAACAAGAAUCAUAUGUAAAGGUUGCCAAAACUCUGUUCACUGAUGAAGCUUUAAAACCCUGUCCAAGGUGUCAGUGCCCUGCUAAAUAUCAACCCAUAAAGAAACGUGGACUCUGUAGCCGGGAAAACUGUGCAUUUGACUUCUGUGUGUUAUGUCUCUGUGCCUUCCAUGGGUCAAAAGACUGUAGCAGUUCAACUGAUAAAUGGCAAAACAGAAAAGAGGCUCUGCCAGGAAGUGCCAAAAGCAAGAGAAACCUAAAACGUCUCUAAAUAUAUUGAAAUGAAUGGCAUUUAUUUUCCCUCUCCCCUUCAGUGACCGAUGUUUGUACAGACAGCACUUUAAAAAAAAAUAAUUAUGCAUUUCUGACAGUAUUGUGGACUAUAAAUUUUGAUCAUUAAUCAAGUUAAUAAUUCUCCAUAUAGAUAUCUUAAACCUCAACUUUUGAUACAUGUUUGAAAAGAGUGAAUUUUUAAAAUUUUUUUUGUCUUAUGUUUGUCACUUUGCCAGACACACUCAAUACUAUUUCAAUAAAGUACUUUCAAUAUAGUUUUCAA